GGCGGUCGUUUUCGUUUCCACGGGCAGUGUGCUUUUGCGGCGUGUAAUUUGGCCAGCGUGUAAUACGUUUGCGCCCGCAUGAAUGGCGAAGGCUGCAUUCCACCAACGUGGGAGCGAGUUUUGAGACCCGGGCGGCGGCGUCGUCGUCGUCUGCUGCCUCUACCUACUCGGCGCCAGCUGUAUACGCUCGAUCGGCGCACCUUAGCGGAGCGGAACGGCGAUGAGCUUCAACAUCGAGGAGUCAUGGAUCCUCGCUGGGUCGUGUUACGAAGUGAUGACCGAAGUGUCGUCACCCAGCCACAGUGCGGACUCUGGACGCGAGUUUGAAGAGGACCUGCGCAAGGCUUUGGACGAAGCACCUCCGCUAAACGAGAGUCGAGACGUGGUUCACUCUGGAGGUGCAAUGCCUCAUCCCGAAGGUCACCGGCCUGCCAGUCAACAGCAGCAGCGGAGUAAUGCGCCGCCAAGUUCAUUCAGCUCGCCGUGGGCUGCUCAGCCACCUGUGAAAAAUGAGGCUUGUGGAUUCCUGCUUGGGUGUGGACUCCCUGCAGUGAGACACGCAACGACAAGUGUACCACUCACGACGCCAAGUCCGGUGCAGAACGGCAGCGACCCCCGGGUGACCAAGGCGGGCCAGUCCAAAAUCGACUACCUCCGCCAAUGGAGUGUCUCGACUUACAAGUGCACCAGGCAGAUGCUUUCAGAGAAGCUAGGGAAGGUGCGGCCAGGUACAAGGACGGUGGACACCGAGCUGGAAGCUCAGAUUGAACAGUUGCGGGACACGCAGGCAAAGUACUUGCAUGUGCUGCGCCUGGCACGUGCCCUCGCCUCACAUUUCCAUCAGGUGGUUCAGACUCAGGGCUGCCUGGCCGAAGCAUUCCAGGAGCUCGCGCACCGCAGCCCGCCGCUGCAGGAAGAGUUCCGAUACAAUGCCGAGGCGCAGCGGUCGCUGAGCAAGAAUGGCGAGACGCUGCUCGGGGCGCUCAACUUCUUUGUCUCCUCCCUGGCCACCCUCUGCCACAAGACCAUCGACGACACACUCCUGACGGUGCGGCAGUACGAGAGUGCCCGCCUGGAGUACGACGCCUACCGCACGGACCUUGAGGAGCUCACCCAGGGCACGCAGGGCACGGCCAUUUCCUCCAAGAUGGACGAGGCCCAGCGCAACUUUGCCAUCCACCGGGACAAGUACGAGAAGCUCAAGGCCGAUGUCACGAUCAAGAUGAAGUUUCUCGAAGAGAACAAGGUGAAGGUGAUGCACAAGCAGCUGCUGCUGUUCCACAAUGCGGUGUCGUCUUACUUCUCGGGCAACCAGGCCUCACUCGAGGCCACCCUCAAGCAGUUCAACAUCAAGCGUUGGUGGCGUGGUGUGUAGCCGUCUGGUUUGCACUGCGAAGCUGUGGUGUUUCUUCCCUGAGGUUGUGACCAAAACUGUUAUGUGAUGUUCAGGAUUCCCAAUGCCAUGGCUUCUCCUCAUCCGCCGUGCAUUGUGGUAGCACACAUUCGUCUAAGGAGAAGGUCAAAUGAAAGAGGCCUACCACCACCCUUCUCUUCGGAUUAGUUUUUCAGACUGUUUCUACUCGAUUAAAAAAAAAAAAGUUGUGGGAAGUCAGCAAAAACUGCAUAACUCUGUGUUUAAGCUUUUGAGUUUGUCAUCACGUUGCACUACUUUAGGACUAGGUUAGUGACAUUGUGACUUGUCAUUAAAUUGCACAUUGCUCGUUUUUAAUAGUGCACCUACUUGUUUUAUAAUGUUCAGCCAUUAUAUUCCGAACCUUCGUGUGUUUGGUGUAAAAAGCCCACACAGCUUCUUAUUUAACUCUCCUAAGUUGGCACAUAUUGCUUUCGAAAUGUUUCCAAAACGUAUAAUGAAGAUGAUUAAGCUGCAUGCACCUGGUUCGAUACUGUGAUCCGCGAGUAGAUAGCUCAAGAAAACUUUUGGAAGUGUUCACGCGGAAGCCGUUGCGACACUCCGCACCACAUGUCAGCUGGAGUGGGAUGCCGUAAACGCCGUUCGGAGCACAUAAUUGCCUUCAUGUCUUGAAGUUGCACAAUAUGAUCGACUGUGAAAAUAGCUGUGGCCUAUACUUGCUUUGUCUUGCCAAUUCCAUGCACUGCUGCGUAAGAUAAGAAGUCACCUCGGCCAAAUAGUGAACUGGGAGAAGGGAUUGCUUAGUGUCCGCUGGACAAUCCUGCCACGUGUGACACAGCUGAAUACUAGAAUGAUCACGGAAAGACUAGCAGCACGCAUUGGGCAAGCCUGCCUACGCCCGAAACAUUGCAGGAUGCUCAUUCUUUACUGGCAGGUGCAAGCCCAAGCCUCUGUUCCAGUCGAUGAGACAGAAUUCAGAGAAUUUCAUUUGCGCUAGUGAGCACAGCAUUCCUCGCCAAUACUUUGCCAGGUUUUCCUUUUACUUGAGGAUAAAGCUACUCUGAGAGAGUCGAAUGAUACUUAUAAUUUUGUACCUGCUAGAAAAACAAUACUAAUUCUUUAGUGAGAUGUUUCGGCAUGUACCACACAGCCAUCUCAUCUUUAGCAUUCCACUCUGCCAACAUAUCAGGUGAGGCAGCAUUCACUGGACACUUUUUUUCCAGUGUGAAAUGAAACAAUGGAGGAAUUAAUGAGGUUAAGUUAGAAAUGCUCGCCUCGUGAUGGUGGCCAGCCUAUAUAACUACCAAGACAUCGCAGUACAUUGUUUGCUUCUUGUGCAUGUAUAGUACCAUAGUUAUAGUUUAUUUGUAAGCAGAUAUACUGAUAGGAAUUUUACUUCUUCGUGGAAGGUCCGGUGCCUUUUCCUGGAAUGCUCCUCUUACAUUUAUCUUCAGCAUGGUCAUUUCUGGCUUUUCUUGUUUAUGUAUUUUAAGCACAAUUUUUUGUUCUUUGCUUUGUUUUUACAGACACAUUAAGGAAAGGCGUGGCCAUCAACAUCUUUUUCAACUCAAGAGAUUUAGACAGGUUGCCCAACUUUUCAUAGUUACAUGGAAAGGCUGAUGCGAUUGCAUGGUGGAGCACAGUUUUGUGCCUCUUAAAAUGCUGUUUGCCUUCUUCUCCACUUUUUUUUCGGUCCUGUUGCCUGUAUAUGCUGCUUCUUAUUGCAUACCUAUUAUUUGUUGCAGCCAUUCCUCUAGUCAGAAAUGAUGUGCAGUUGCCAUAUCUUUGCCCAAGGCAUAAUGGAUUUUGUUUUGUGAAUGCAUGUACAUAAGGAUAAAAAUAGUACAUAAAAGGUUGCUCUCUGCUGGUGCCUCUGUCGACAUUCUAGCAUACUGUGUGUUUGUAGAAAACAGAAUUUUGUGUUCAAAAAAGCAUUUUUUUUCGUUCCUGAACCUUCAACUGAAGUGCAGUGUGAAUGGUCACGCUCUAAUCGUGCGGCAAGUCAUCAAGUGAUGUACCUUGGGCUAGGCUGGUGCAUGUGUUCUUCUGGAAGGCGAUAGAGUUGUGGUCUUUUAGCUAAGGCCGCUGCUUUUUCUAAGCCUUUAACUAAAUGCCAUUUAGCUAAACUCAAAACUUGGCAUGCCUUUUUACUCCAGUUGUCAUGCUCUUUUGUGGACUAUGAGAUUUUUGUUAUUUAAGAGGACUGCAUUGUAUAAGCUAGGACCCAUUUUAACAGCAUUGGUCUGUGUUAAGCACUUUCUUGCUUGCAUCAUGUGAGAAGAAGAAAAAUUGUGAAGUACAGCAGCUGCUCUAUAUACUUCUGCUGUGUUUGAGUCAGACCUGUGCUCGGUGGUGCUUGAGAGCAGCCUCUCGUUUCUUUUUAUCUGAAAAUAGUGUCCUUCUCUCGCAUUGACAUGCCUCACUCGUGCGCUAGUCUGCAUUCAGUGGAAUCCUUUUCUUUCAUACAAUUCCAGAAGUUUGCUUAUUCUAGGCUUCGACGAGCUUUAGGCAGUAAUAUGUUAACUUGCAAAUUUUUUGUUCAGCAGCUACAGAGGUUGUUUCUCUUAGGCUUGCAUUCCUCGAAGCAGCAGUAUAACGUUGCAGCAACGUGUAUUAAUUAUCGUAAACGGUAGUGAACUGGAGUCGGACCACAAGUACUAGAACAGCGUUUCUCAUACUGAAGUCCUUGUAUCGCGGGGAUCCCGCCUGAUUGACCGAAGCGCGGCAGUCGACUGCCUCUGUGACUAAAGAAAUAGUCGUGUCUAUGUACUACCAACCUUGCGGCUUAUGACAUCAGUCAAGAGCGCAUGCUCAUUGGUGCAGGUUUGUGUGUGUAUUUGAGGUGUAAGUGCCGCUGCCUUCUAGAGUUGUACCCAACGAAGGUCUACUAGCACCAUAGCAUUAUAGUGUUUUCCAACAGUACCAUAAGAAGAUUUUGAAAUUGAAAGCCCUUUAUAUUUUCCCACAACUGGAGCCAUAUUCUGAGACUAUCAUUUUUUUUUAGAUAUUCACGAAAUGUCUCUUUUAGUGCGCGCUGAUUGUGGAAAGUCGGGCAAGUAGUCGCCUCAGUCUCUGUACAUGCGAGAUUCUAUGCCAUGUAAAGUGGCACUUUCGCUGAAGGUGAUCCUCUCAGAAUACGGCCCCUAGCAACAAUUCUUUGUCAGGCAUCAUCGAACCACAAAGGGUUUUGUAAUGUGCUUUUGUCACAAAUAUGAAACUUGGCACUAUACAGUUUGGCUAGCACAGUGAUGUCAUGUGGCUCCAUGUGCACAAGUGUGUGACUAUUGAAAAAAGCAGAUGUUGCGCAUAGGAUCUGAGCUUAAAGCUUUUCUAUUGUCCUGUUUUGAUCAGUGUAGCUUUACUGUUUGGUGGUGCCUUUUAUGUCACUUUUCUACAAGCUUGAAAUUGCCCAAGAAACCGUUGAUGAUCAUGCACAGUAAACCGUCAUUGAUUGUUGCCUGCGGCUGGCAUAAAGAAAGUUCGAACUUUCUCCUGACUGUUUGAAGCACUUGUAUUUACUAUUCCAAGAGUAUAAUGCGUACGCACAGUUGCGAGCAAAAACGACCGUAGCUGCCCACAAUUCUCGAAAGUAACUGCAUAAUGCAGGCUGAAACUUCAUAAAUUGUUCGUAUGAAUUAAAGUACCAAAACAAGGUUUUUCAUCUAACGGCUAUUUCUGCUGUCUUCUUUUGAAACAUUGUGUGUCUUGUGGCAGUGCAAGCUGCCCGUGAAAAUACAGUACAGUAUGCUCAUGGGUUUUUUGUGGUUUGCAGCUUUUCUGAUGACUUCCUAGAGCGAGGACAACUUCAAAUGAUUCAUGAGCAAAAUGUGUCUGCGAUGGCCUAAAGUAUGAGAACGCUUGUGCUAGACUAGCUCUCUGCUGCUUACUUAUAUCUGCUGCUGUUGUGGUAUUCAUCUGUUGAUUUUGCUCCGUAGAUUGCAUCAUGGACUUUGUUCUUGCUACACAAGCGUUAGCUGCCAUUAUGAAGCUGCUGGAGCGAUGCGCAUUAUUUUUGUAUUAAUGGAACUCAAAUAGGCCAUCUAAAUUAUUGCUUGCUUGUGUUGAGCCGCUUGAAGUGAAUAAAGAAAAGAAGAAA